AUGUUACUGCACACCCUUGGCCAGAUUCCCCGUUUGUUACUUCGACAUUCCUCAACAUCCCAACCAAUCCGACCAAUCUGCUCUUCCUCAAUCAAGAUGGCUUCACAAGACUACACUUUUGGACCCUACAAGAUACACCACACUGAAGUCUUCUACUCAACUAAUCUCUCUUAUGCAAUGGUUAACCUGCGUCCUCUUCUCCCUGGUCAUGUGCUUAUCUGUCCAAAGCGCGAAGUUAAGCGUUUUCUUGAUCUAACUGCCGAGGAGACUUCUGAUUUAUGGCUCACUGCACAAAAAGUCGGCAGUCAGCUUGAGAGCUACCACAAGGCUUCAUCACUCACUUUGGCCAUCCAAGAUGGGCCCCAAGCAGGACAGACAGUACCACAUGUUCACAUUCAUGUUGUCCCGCGGAAAGGUGGUGAUUUUGAGAAGAACGACGAGAUAUACGAUGCAAUGGACGAAAAGGAGAAGGAAUUGAAGGAAAAACUCGAUUUGGACAAGGAGAGGAAAGACAGGAGCGCAGAAGAGAUGUCACAAGAGGCCGAGGAAUACAGAAAACUUUUCCUGUAA